ACCCUUUUUGAAAACAAAAUUGCAAUUUUAAUGAUAUAUGCAUGAGAACAUGUAUACAUAACUGUUAAUUUGCAGAUUUACAGACCUGAAAAAAACGCAGUUCGCUACGGAGUACACAAACCCGAGUUAAAUAUACAUAUGCAAAAAAAACAUGACAAAAAGGAAAUUGUUGCUAAAUAAUCAUGUAUUGUGCAUAUAUGCAUAUCUAUACAUUCAUAUGUGUUGAAGUGAAUGCAAAACAAGCUGCAAACGUAAACUUGUGAACGUGGACGCCACUCCUUUUGCGCAAAAAGAAAAAAAAUUAAAUGUAAAAAGGCGGCGUCGUCGUCGUCGUCUGUGCGUGGAUAGAGAUUGAGUGAGAGCUGCUGCGCCGGAGUUGAACUUCGCAUAUGCAUACAUACCAACAAGCAUAGGGUGUGUGUGUGAGUGAGUGUCGGCAAAUUUCUACAGAGCACAUAGAACUAUUGCUAUUGCACACAACAAAUUGUGAUAGAAAUUUGCAUUUACAACAAACAAAAUGCUUGGAACGGCGGUAGCUUGAUUAGCAAACAGCAAGAACAACAAAAAAUUAACAACAACGAAAACGACGCUCGCCACGCUUGGGUGCCAUCAGCUGGGAGGAGUAGGUGGGACAGCAGCAACAGCAGCAGCAGCUAUUACAACUAUCAACACCUGGAAUUAACACAGCCAAACACAAUUGCAAUGCCAAAACUUUCUACAGACGCUAGCGCUUAGCUGUUGGGCAUAACCCCAAAACUAAAGUCAAUUCGAAAGCAACUAACAACAGCAGUUAAAACAGGACACAGAAAUUAAGACAGAUCCACUAUGGAGAAGCCCAUGCAGCAUGCGCCCGCUCCCGUUGGGAAAGUCUCUCAGAUUGCCAACAUCUUUCAGCGAAAACCCAUUGAAAUUCAGCCGGUCGAGCAGCUGAGUGCCGUUGCAGCAGCUCACGCAGCAGCAGCCGCUGCAGCCGCGGCUAAUCCAACAACAAACGUGCGCACCGAAUCCCACUCGGCCAGGUUUAACAAUGCUCGUGCACUCUUCGAAAAGCUGGGCGUGGAGUCUACAAACACGAAUGUGAGCACACGUCUGAUGCGCAGCAGCUCACGCGAGGAUAAUCUAUACGAAGGCUCAGAUCGUUCCUCAUCGCGCUCCUCGGAUCGUUCACAGUCGCCGCCGAAGCGACGCAUACCAUUCCCAUCCGGCGCCAGCCUCAACCAGAGCAACAACAUUUCACAAAACUGCACGGAUCGUUUGAAUAACAGUAAAUUUAUUGUGGAUCCUACGCCAGCUGUCAAAUAUCCGCAACACAAUCUAUCACGACUGAAGUCGGAGGAGUUGAAUACAGUGGCCGUGGCGCCGCCAACGACUGGUUCGGUCAGCGCACUCUUUGCCAGCGGCGGCGGAGGCGGCGACAAGCCGGAGAAGCCCGAACGCAAAUUCAAUUCGAGGGAGCUCAUCGAGAAGCAAAAGAAGUGGACCUCACACUUCACCAAGACAAAGACAACACGCACGCACAGCGAUCUCAAUCGUUGCGAUAUAAUACGCACGGUGCCCGGCACGGGACUAAUUAUGGAUGUUGAGCGGACACCCAAGGCCAGUCCGGAGCUGCGACAGCAUGCGAUUGUGGUUGCCGGGUCGACACCCGGUGCCACACCGCCGCCGUCCUCAAUUCCACCCGAGAUUAAGCCACGAAGUGGCAAGAUUGGCAGCCCCGUCAAGUCGCCCCCCUUGCCGCCCAUUCCAGCCGUUAAGCCAAAGAAUGUUAGUCCCGUUAAGUAUAACGCAGUGACUACUAAAUGCGCCGAGGCAGCGCCUCCGCCGCCACCAGCUAAAUCGGCAGCUGUGACGGCGGCCAUGCAACGUUCAGCGCUGCUGCAACAGGAGCAGCAGCAGCAGCAGCAACAACAGCAGCAACAACUCAGUGCACCUGUGCCACCUGAGAAGCCACGUAAAAAAUCCAUUGAUCUUAUUGAGGAUGCAGUGCCAAUAACUUGCUCAACGCCCUCGCCCACCAGUUCGAUGAGCGCCCAUCUGCAAGCAGCCAAGCGAGGAUCUAUAGACGCACCUGUCUCUGGAGCACCUUAUGCAGGUAACAGCAAUGGCCUCAGCGGCAGCACCAAUUCGGCAACAUCUGCCUCGCCAGAUCAGGCCAGCGCAGCGUCGGAUCCCUCCUCGCCCGUUUGCACGGAGGAUGAGAAGCAAGAGAAUGAAUCCACUGAGAAGUCGGAUAACGAGCAUUAUCAGAACAAAUAUAACAGUGUGCCAAGGCGACGCCGACGCAGCGACAACGAAGGUCAGAAAUCUGUAGACGAGGCAACAGUGCAACAGCAGCCGCCACAACAUCAAUAUUCCAGCUCGAAUUCCGUAAACGGAUCUCCACAGCGUGUGGCCAAUAAGCGCAGCAGCAUCACCGUAAAUAUGCCUGCAGCAGGUUUAGGUCAGCGGCCACCUAGCAUCAUUUCGACAGCCAGCCAGGAUGAGGUUGGCUGCCUGGAUGAGGGUAAAGACGGCAUCAAGGCGAAGCUGCAGUCACCAUGCGAUGGCAACCAGGAGCAGCCACACAGUCUCAACUAUGUGGACGUUGGCUAUCGUCUCAAUCCCGAUGGCAGCGAGUCGCGUGAGGUGUUCAGCUCCGAGGCGGAUCUGUAUGUGACGGCAAAGGUGAGCGAUAUGCAGCGCAAGUUCCAUGGCGCCAACGGGUUCGUCCAGGAAUCUAGCACAGUCUAUGCCAUUAUUGUGCCGGAACAGCAGCAGGAGCCACAGAUGGCAACACCUGCUCGAGUGCUAUUGCAGUCGCCGACUACAAGCGUGGAUGGGUCGCCGUUACAUCGCGGCGCCUUUAAUUCACCGCCAGUGGGCGUGGUCUCACCCAUACGGCGCGCCAGCGGACAGCAGCAAUGUGAGCAAAAUGGUGGAGGCAAUGACGAAACGUGCAGCACUAAAUCCACUCCCCAAAUGUCACCAGUCAAAGGUAUUGCGCCCAUUGCCUCCAUUGAUCCGCACGAAGAGGAGCUCAACCUAGAGGACGAGGAAGACGAGCAAUUAGCUGUCGAAUAUGUAGAUGUGCUGAACGAGGACGAAGAGGAGGAGGAGGAGGAGGACGAGGCACCAGUUUUGCCCGAACGAUGUGCGCCUGCACUGGAGCUUCAAGAUCUGGAGUAUGCGGACACCAGCGCUGGCGAGGAUGAAGACGACAUGUUGCAGCACUUGAAUAGUAAUGUCAUUGAUGAAAUGAUCAAGGUGCACAUAACGCCUGCAGCUGCAGCUGCACCUGCGCCAGCACCUGCUCCAGCUCCAGCUCCAGCUGCCGCUCCAGCCGCGGCAAUGCCUCGUGAUGAUAGCUUGCCAGAUGCCAUGACAGCCGCUGAGGCCGAGCGACUGUUGAGUUCAAGCAUUUUGGAAAACAAAAUCAGACAACAGUCGCUGCUGUCUGACGAGCAGGCCAAAGAGGUUGAGCAGAUACUCAACGUCUCGCCCAACGUGGGCGUGGCUGUUGCUGCCGUUGUUGCCACAGCAACAUCGCCGACCAGCAUCAAGAAUCUCAUCGAGGAGCAGUCCACAGGCAAACAGACAAAAGACACACAAAUUGAUGCUGUCCCAGUGUCCGUUGUCGCAGACGAGGCAAAGCCAGCUGAAGCAGAAGCCGACGGCGAAGUCGAAGCCGUAGCUGGAGAAGAGCUAGUUGAAGAAGACUUUGAUUCGGAUGACGUUGAGGCGGUGAAUAUUGUGGGCAUAGGACAUGCAGUGGCCACGACUGCUGCAUUGAAUGCGACAUUUGUUAAGGCGGAUAGUACAGAGACAGAAAACACAGCAACAACAACAACCACAACAACACCCUCAACUGCAACAGCGUCGACUACAAGGCAUGACGAGGACGAGCCCGAGUGGCUGCGGGAUGUGUUAGAGGCGCCAAAGCGUAGCCUAGAGAAUCUGCUAAUAAACACAACGACACAUCGAGCAGAACUAGAGAACGGUUACGAGGCUAUUGAGGGAAAACAUUCCGAUUUAAAUCAGACCUAUAUCACGGGAGAGUCGCUGCACGAAUCAAUUGUCUCCGUGGAGUCCACGCAAUCAGAUGCAACGUUCAAUCAGACGACCACCAUCGACGACAGCAUCAUCUCGAGCAAGCACAACUCAACGUAUUCGUUAGCGGACGUGGAGCAGGCAACCAGUUCAACUAUAUUGAGCACUGGCCUAACCGAGCUAGACGACAGUCAGUACUACAUACCGGAAUAUCCGCCGGUGCGGAGCAAGGAGGUUCUGGUCGAGGCGGGCGUGCAUUACUUUGAGGAUGGCAACUUUUGGAUGGAAGUGCCCGGUCUGCUAGACUUUGACGACGACGACUGCUCAUAUCCGCCCAUCACAGUUCGAAAGAAUCCCAAGGUGCGAUUCAGCUCCGGCCCCAUACACGUGUAUUCAACGUUCUCUGUGACUGACUACGAUCGCCGCAAUGAAGAUGUUGAUCCGGUGGCCGCGUCAGCCGAAUAUGAGCUGGAAAAACGUGUCGAAAAGAUGCACGUGUUUCCAGUUGAAUUGAUGAAAGGUCCUGAGGGUUUGGGUCUUAGCAUCAUUGGCAUGGGCGUUGGUGCCGACGCUGGCUUAGAGAAACUAGGCAUAUUCGUUAAAACGAUCACAGACAACGGCGCCGCAGCACGUGACGGACGCAUACAAGUCAACGAUCAGAUAAUCGAAGUGGACGGCAAGAGUCUGGUGGGCGUUACCCAAGCUUACGCAGCUUCAGUAUUGCGCAAUACAUCCGGUCUAGUCAAAUUUCAAAUCGGACGCGAACGAGAUCCCGAAAACUCCGAGGUCGCCCAGCUCAUACGGCUGAGUCUGCAAGCGGAUCGAGAGAAAGAAGAACGCAUUAAACGGCAACAAGAGGAGUACUUGCGACGCACGCUCGACUACUCUGAGGACUCGACACAGCCCGUAUCCGCUAAUUCAAGUGUGUGCGAGGGACCGUCGAGUCCCGUGCAGGUCGAACAUCCAAUGGAGGUCGAGGCCACACACUCGCAGGAGGUUGAGUCGCUGAAGCGACUCCUCCAGGAGAGCGAAAUGUGUUGCAUGGUUAAGGAAGAAAUUAUUCAAAAUCUUAAACGAAAGUUGGUCAAGCUGGAGACAACGGGAAAUGAGAAUGAAUUGCUCAGCGAACGCUUGCGGCAGAGUGAGCGUGAGCUGGGCAACAUUAAGAAGGAGGCGGCCAAUCUGCAAAAUAUGCUGCAGCAGUCGCAGGCCCAGUACAUGGCAUUGGACAAGAAGUACAACAAGGCCAAGCGGCUGGUGCGCGAGUAUCAGCAACGGGAGCUGGACAUGUGCCAUCGCGAGGAGUUCUAUCAGCAGUUGCUGCAGGAGAAGGACACGGAGUACAAUGCGUUGGUCAAGAAGUUAAAGGAUCGUGUCAUCCAUCUGGAGCAUGAGCUGCAGGAAACGCAACGAAAGGCUGGCUUUCCAGUCGGCUUGCCAUACGACAGCGCCACGCUAAAGCUGACGCCACAAAUGAUGCGUAAGACGCCGCCCAAGCCGCUCUUCCACAAGCUGGAAACGGAGCUAUCCGAUACGGAAAUCUCCGAUCUGUCGCCCGAUGGCGAUGGCGUCAAGACGGCAACAGUGGAGCGCAAAGUUCCCGUCAAGGACGAAUUAGACGCGGCCGUGCCGCAGCACGAGCUGCUGGACAACUCUGUCAACAAGACCAAGAUCGAGCUCGCCUCCCGUGGUGGUCUAGCCAAUCGCCAGCUGCCAUCGUCAAACGUGCCCAAUGGCAGCAACACCAAUGGAGCCAGCGAGCUGCUGCUUAAUGGCAAUUUGUCCAAGCGUAGCAGAAGCAAUAGCCGCAGCUCCGAUUGCACACUGGACGACAGCGAUGAGGAGGAGGAGGAGGAGGUGCAACUGGAGCAGACUGCCCACAUUUUGGCAGCGAGUGCGCCGCCUACGGCGCAUGAGAGCAUUAGCCUAUCCAAUGGCAAUUCGCAUCUGCUGGCCAAUAUGAACAACUUGUUGCAAAGUCAUCCGCCUGCCUCGAAUGCAAUUAUCGGCAGUGGCAUUAUCCCAGCUUCGAACGGUCAUGUGGGCACCACAACGGCCAUACUGCUGAACUCGACUUCGACAUCGGCGUCGUCCAGCUCGUCGAAUCAGUCGACGGCGCGCGAAGCACAAAUCAAUCAGCUGUACGCUCAGGUACACAAGGAUCCCAGCAAGCAACAGCAGCAGCAGCAACAGCAUCAGGCAUCCAGUUUGUUUAAGACUGCGCUGGGCUCGCCGGCCGAUGCUGGAGGCGGCUUGAAUGACUUCCAUCGGGGCAGCAUGACAACCUUUGGCACUGCCAGCAAUCGUGAUCUCAACAGCUCGUACGAUUCAAUUGUGGGCUCGAAUGAUAAGCUGGCCGAAGCGAACGAUCAAGGCGAGAACUGGAUGUAUCCGAGUCGACGACGUGUCGCCCCCAAUGGCACCAAGCUGCCGGGCUCCAGUUUCACUGACCAGCUCAAUCAAGCACUGUCCGAUCGUGAGAGGCGUCUUGGGGACGGCUCCUCGCGCCACUCCAGCGACGAUUACACGGAGAUCAACAAGAACCAAAGCGCCGCAGCGAUCAACUGCAAAACGCUGAUCAAUGAGAUUCGCCAGGCGGUCAAUGAAGCACAGCCAAAAGUUAAACAAGUUGUUCCGCAAUCGCUCUCCCCGCCCGGCACAGUGCCCUGGCAGCAACAGCAUCAUCAUCAGCAGCAGCUGACACAAUCGGCGCAUGCCACAGGGCCGCCCUCGCCGACGAGCAUGUCGUCGGGCUGCUCCUCGCCCGGAUACUCACCCAGCCGAACUCUGGAUCUAUCCGGCUCCAGUUCUAGUUUCUCGGACCGAAAAGCGGCGGCUGCUUGCUACAAUUACAAAGGCGGACCAGUGCACGAAUGGACCAAGGAACAGGUGGGCCACUGGUUGAUGGGCAUCGAGCUGGAGCGCUAUAUACCUGUCUUCAAAGAGCACAACGUGGAGGGCGGCGCUUUGCUCACGCUCGACUCAAAGGACUUCAAGACCUUGGGUGUUUGUGGCGACGAUAAGAAUCGGUUGAAGAAGCGCUUGAAGGACCUGAAGGCGAGCAUCGAAAAGGAGCGCAAGGACAUGGAGCGAGAACGUCGCGAACGUGAAAAAGCCAUACGCAAGGCCGAAAAGAAGGCGGCCAAGAAAAAAUAAGUAGUUGAAUUCUAGACUUUAAGCAACAAAGUAGCCAAAAACCAAACCAUAUAUGUAUGCAUACUAAGCAGUCAAAACAUCUCUAUGCAUACCCCAACAGAUGCGUUUAAAUAUAUAUAUAUAUAUGAGUAUAUAUAUUUAUAGGAAUAGAACACUUAUAU